CGCGCCGCAUUCUGCUCAAGACUAUCAACAUCAUGAACUUGAUUGAAGCUAUAAAGGGUGAGUACGGUGAUUUAUCGGUUAAAACGAAACUAUCAAAUUAAUUGAAUAAACAACAGUUACGUAGGAUGAACAUUUAAGUGCGCGUAAAGACAUGGGAAACACCGAAGUUGUAAAGUCGCUGGAUAUGAUGGGAGACAGUAAUCAGAGUGGUGUAAUAAACAGAUCAAUCAGUGACCGCGAGCGCUUCAAAAGUCUGGAGGACAUCGACGUGUCCGCCGACGGGAGUCCGGUGUUGAGGUGCUUGAUCUCCAUCACCUACUCUGUGGUGUGCGUCGUGGGUCUGGUUGGAAAUCUGUUGGUGUUUUUCUUCAUCCGCGUCAGGCAAGAAAGACGCAUAUCCAAGAUAAACUUCUUCAUCCUUAAUUUGGCUGUGACGGAUUUCCAAUUUGUGUUGACUUUGCCUUUCUGGGCUGUGGACACGGCGCUGGACUUCAGCUGGCCGUUUGGAGACGCCAUGUGCAAGAUCAUCCUGUCGGUGACCGUGAUGAACAUGUACGCGAGCGUCUUCUUCCUGACGGCGAUGAGCGUCACGCGCUACUGGUCCGUGGCUUCGGCUCUGAAGGACCGCAGCAGGCAAACCGGCUGCUCCAUCCGGUGGGUCAGUGUGAUCCUCUGGGCUCUGGCCACCGUGGCCACAGCGCCAACAUCCAUUUUCUCCACAGUUACUAACGUGGCCGGCGAAAAACUUUGUUUAUUGCGCUUUCCCGACGGACAGUAUUGGCUGGCGAUCUAUCAUGUCCAAAAAAUCCUCAUCGCGUUUGUUUUGCCAAUGGCGAUCGUGUCAGUCAGUUACCUGCUGCUGCUAAGGCUCAUUCGGCAGCGGAGCAUGAAGAACACAUCGAAACGGCGCACGCAAGUCACCAAAUCUGUCACCAUAGUGGUCCUGUCCUUCUUCCUCUGCUGGAUGCCCAAUCAUGCCAUCACAUUUUGGGGCGUGCUGGUGAAAUUUAACGCGGUGUACUGGGAUAAGUCGUACUAUAUCGUUCAUACCUACGUGUUCCCGGUGACCGUAUGCCUGGCGCACGCAAACAGCUGUUUGAACCCACUUAUUUACUGCCUGAUGCGCAAAGAGUUCAGGAAAAAAAUUAAGAACCUUUUUAUUCGAGUCUGAGAAACGUGUUUCUCGUCCUGUGGACCAAACCGUGUUCUUUCCGUCUGUAAUGAGUUAUUUUACUCAAAAUGUUAUUUAUCCUCAAGCGCUUUAUUUCUUCAGUUGAGCUCUGAAGAAGAUGUCAGUUUACAUAUUUGUGGAAAUCAUGGGUUCACGGUGAACUGCACUUUAACAAUAUACACUUGGUGUAUAUCAGUUGUAUGUGUGAUUGUUAUUGUACAGUGUACAGUUCUUGUGGAACAGUUGUUGUCAAACAUUCAAACAGAAAAAAUGCUAAUAUAAAACAGCAUCUUUUGCGUUAAAAGUGCAGCGAAAUUAAAUUCAGUGGCAUUAAACGUUUUAUUUUAUUUGUGAACAAAACUGAUAUUCUUAUCAUUCCUCUUCCAGGAAAGUUGUAAACCUAAUAGAGGAUUGUACACUUGAUCCCAAAUUUCUGGGACAAUUGUGUGUAUCUUGAUGUUUGGGGGUGUUAAGUUAAAAUAAAACCUGAUUUUAAUAAA